AUGCGCUGUUGGUGGUAUCCGUUGCGAUGCAGCUGGCUUCGGUCGGCGCUAGUGCCGCUGCUGUGCCUGGCCGCGGUCUGUACGCUCGAUACGGCUUCGGAAGUGAACCGUGUCCGGUUUGCGUCCGAGGAUCGCAGCCGAGUGGCCAGUCGCCAGGAUUAUUACGAUAAACACCAAGCACCAGGUGGUGGUGGUGGUGGUGCCAACGAACGCUUCAACGAGGUGCUGGACCGCGGUAAUCUGCGGACCCUCAUCAGCAGCCAGCUGCCCAAGAGCGGUCGCUUUUUCGAAGAGUUCGACGGAAACUCAGCAACAACCACCAACACCAGCCGCCAGUAUUUCGGAAGCAACAAAUCGUCCGAUUACGAAUGCCCUGACAAUCGACAAGAAGCGAAAAGCGAAAUGUUUCAAUCGAUACCGGAACGAAGGCAGUUGCUAGUGGGUUGCAGCAUAGUGCUGCUACUGAUGCUAGCGGCCACCAGUGGUGCCAAGAGUGGUCCAACACCCCAGCAGGAACAGGAUAUACUGCUGCUCGAUGCGCUCGGCAAGCGGCAAACGUUCAACAGCGAAGAUUUCGGUCAAAACUCCAUCAUCGAGCUGUUGGGACGAAUGAUUCCCCAGACAUGCCGGCACAAGGGACGCAAGUUCGAGUGUGGCCUAUCGCUAUCGUGCGUCCUCGGUGGUGGUAAACCACUGGAUCUUUGCAGCGGUGGGAUGAUCUGGUCGUGCUGCAUCGAUCGCGAGUUUGCGCCGGAAACUGAUCCGGAGCAGGGCGCUGUACACAAUGCAAGUUGUGGCGAGCUGUACACCAGGACGAACCGUAUCGUCGGUGGACACUCCAGUGGAUUCGGAACACAUCCUUGGCAGGCGGCACUCAUCAAGAGUGGAUUCCUCACGAAGAAGCUUAGCUGCGGUGGCGCCCUCAUCUCGAACCGUUGGGUAGUGACGGCAGCGCACUGUGUCGCGACCACACCAAACAGUAACCUAAAGGUGCGUCUCGGUGAAUGGGAUGUACGGGAUCAGGAAGAACGGUUAACGCACGAGGAGUACGCGAUCGAACGGAAGGAAGUGCAUCCGAACUACUCACCGAGUGACUUCCGGAACGAUAUUGCACUGGUGAAACUGGAUCGUAAAGUUGUGUUCCGGCAGCACAUUCUGCCCGUCUGCUUGCCACCGAAGAGCGUAAAGUUGGUGGGCAAAAUGGCCACCGUUGCUGGCUGGGGACGGACACGGCAUGGUCAGAGUACGGUACCAUCCGUCUUACAGGAAGUGGACGUAGAGGUGAUACCGAACGAGCGGUGUCAACGAUGGUUCCGGGCAGCAGGACGUCGCGAGACGAUCCACGAUGUGUUUCUGUGUGCUGGGUAUAAGGAAGGUGGUCGUGACAGUUGUCAAGGGGACUCGGGAGGACCUCUAACCCUAUCGAUCGAUGGACGCAAAACGUUGAUCGGUCUCGUCUCGUGGGGCAUCGGUUGUGGUCGGGAGCAUCUGCCCGGAGUGUACACCAACAUCCAGAAGUUUGUCCCGUGGGUUGAGAAGGUGAUGGGCAAAGAAUACUAG